AUGCUGUCUAAGCUUAUCUCAGCUGUGUGUUCGGUGCUGUGGGUCUUCUCCUGUGCCGUCACCGCAGCCCAGGAUCAACACCUGACCAAAGCUCUGAAGCUGAUGUCUGAGACCCCGCUCAUUGAUGGCCAUAAUGACCUGCCGUGGCAACUUCGAAAGCAAUUCAACAAUGAGCUCAACAAAGUGGAUCUUAACACCCUUAAUACAACACACACCAACAUCCCUAAGAUCAAGGAGGGACAUCUGGGAGCUCAGUUCUGGUCAGCCUACGUUCCCUGUGACACCCAGUACAAAGAUGCUGUCCGACAGACACUGGAGCAGAUAGAUGUGGUUCACAGGAUGUGUCAAAAAUACCCAGAAACCUUCAUGUUUGCCGCCAGUAGCCAAGACAUCAUGACGGCCUUCAAAGCGAAGAAGACAGCCAGUCUUAUCGGGGUGGAGGGGGGUCACUCCAUCGACAGCAGCCUGGGCACCCUGCGCAACAUGUACCACCUGGGGGUCCGCUACCUCACACUCACACACUCCUGCAACACACCCUGGGCGGAUAACUGGCUUGUCGACACAGGAUCAGAGCCAUCUCAGCAUAAUGGCCUGUCUCCAUUUGGCAAGCAAGUCAUAGCUGAAAUGAACCGUCUGGGGAUGCUCAUCGACCUGGCCCACGUGACUGUCGAUGUGAUGAACCAGGUGCUGGACAUAUCUCAAGCUCCGGUCAUCUUCAGCCACUCCUCUGCCUACAGCGUCUGUCCACACAAGAGGAACGUCCCCAAUGAAGUUCUCAAGAGAGUGAAAGAAACCAGAGGAAUCGUCAUGGUGAACUUCUACAACGACUAUGUGACCUGCAAACACACCGCCAACCUCUCAGACGUAGCUGCGCACUUUGACCAUAUAAAGACAGUGGCCGGGGCGGACAUCAUUGGUUUCGGUGGAGAUUACGACGGGGUUACAAGACUUCCAGAGGGUCUGGAGGACGUGUCCAAGGUGCCCAAACUGGUGGCUGAACUGCUGCGGAGAGGAUGGACUGAUGACGAGGUCAAAGCUGCUCUUGGAAACAACCUGAUUCGUGUCCUGAAAGAGGCUGAGGAGGUCCGUGAUAAGAUGGCUGCCACCCGUCCAGAUGAUGUGCCUAUUCCGUAUGAUGCGGUGCAGAACCCAUGUAGGACGAGCCACGGCUACCCCAACGCCGGAGUCGCUCAUUCCCUCAGCACACUGGGCCUUCUGCUCACUCUGGCUCUCCAGGCUCUUAUUGCAUUAGCAGCUUUAUAGGCUGCCUGCCAAUGCAGCUGAGUGCAUAUACAUCAAGAGAUUG